AUGCCGACUGCCAUCAUUACAGGGGCCAAUUCUGGCAUAGGCCACGAAUUCGCCAAAGUACUCAUCAAAGAGGGAUACGACGUGCACGCUGUUGAUGUUCAAGAUGGCGAGAAGCUGAAGAGCCUGGGCUGCAAGACGUCUCAACUGGACGUCACGUCCGAAGACGCCAUCGACAAAUUCAAGCAGGAGUACGGCGACGGGCCGCUAGAUCUGCUGCUCAACGUAGCCGGCACACUGGACGCAAAGCACGAUUCGCUCACCACCAUCAACGCCGGCGUCCUCUCCAAGACCUUCGCGGUCAACACCUUCGGACCGCUGCUGCUGACGCAGGCGUUCCUGCCCAACAUCCUCAAGUCGUCGGCGCCGCCGCGCCUGGGCUACGUGUCCAGCCGCGUGGGCAGCAUCGCGGACAACAGCUCCGGCGGCAGCUACGCCUACCGCUCCUCCAAGGCGGCGCUGAACAUGAUCUGCAAGAACCUGUCGGUCGAGCUGAAGGACAAGGGCGUGAUCGUCGUCAUCUUGCACCCGGGCAUCGUCAGGACCGGGCUCACGACGGGACCGCACGGCCUGCCCGAGCUGCCUGGAGCGGUGGGUCCAGACGAGGUGGUCGGGGAGCUCUACGACGUCCUGGUGAGCAAGAAGCUUGAAGACACCGGGAAAUUCUGGCAUAGAAACGGCCAGGAACUUCCUUGGUGA